AUGAUUUUCUUAGUAGGUUUUGAGCCAGUUGCAGAUGCCAGACGCAGACAGGACGAGAAAAAAUAUAGUUUUGGAGAUGCUAAGGAUCUUGUGACCGAUCUGCCGGGUCAACCCCAAGUAAAAUUUCAGCAUUAUGCUGGUUAUGUCACUGUAAAUGAAAAGAAUGGAAGGGCACUCUUUUACUGGUUUUAUGAAGCCACAACUCUUCCAGAUGAAAAACCUUUAGUGCUAUGGCUCAAUGGAGGCCCAGGUUGUUCUUCUGUGGGAUAUGGUGCAACACAAGAAAUUGGUCCAUUUCUUGUGGACACUGAUGGACAUGGCUUAAAAUUUAAUUCUUACUCAUGGAACACAGAAGCCAACUUAUUGUUCCUAGAAUCUCCAGUUGGCGUUGGAUUUUCAUACUCGAACACAAGUGGUGAUUAUGAUGUUCUCGAAGAUAACUUUGCCGCCAAUGAUUCCUAUGUUUUCCUGCACAAGUGGUUUCUCAAGUUCCCAUCAUACAGGAUGAGGAAAUUUUAUAUUGCCGGGGAGAGUUAUGCAGGGAAAUAUGUUCCUGAGCUGGCUGAACUCAUUCAUGACAAGAACAAAGAUCCCUCCUUAUUCAUAGAUCUUAAAGGCAUUAUGCUAGGCAAUCCCGAAACAUGUGACGCGGAGGAUUGGAAAGGUAUGGUGGAUUAUGCUUGGAGCCAUGCUGUUGUUUCCGAUGAAACCCACAAAACAAUCAAAGAAUCGUGUGACUUUUACAGCGAUGAUCCGUGGAGCAAUAAAGAUUGUUCUCAGGGCAUGGACGAAUAUUAUCGACAGUAUAAAGAGAUAGAUAUGUAUAGUCUUUAUACAUCAGUGUGCAUUCCAUCUAGUGAAGGAAAGAAGUCAUCUUUACUGACAGUCAGAAGCUCAUCUAGCAAGAUGCCAAAGGUCCUGGGUGGUUAUGAUCCAUGCAUGGACGACUAUGCAAGCUCUUAUUAUAAUCGACGUGAUGUUCAAAAGGCCCUUCACGUUGGUGAUGGAACUACCCUCAGGAACUGGACCAUAUGCAAUUUGACAGUCUAUUAUAACUGGACCUAUUUAAGGACGUCGGUUCUUCCCAUAUACAAGAAGCUCAUUGGAGCAGGACUUAGGAUAUGGGUUUACAGUGGAGACACUGAUGGUAGAGUUCCAUUUAUGUCCACAAGAUACAGCUUAAGCUCCUUGGGACUGCCCAUCACAAUGGCCUGGCGACCUUGGUACCAUCAGAAACAGGUUGGUGGUUGGAUUCAAGAGUACGAAGGACUAACAUUUGCAACGUUUAGAGGAGCAGGUCAUGCCGUACCUAUAUUCAAAAGGAGUGAAUCCUUGGCGUUCUUCUCAUCCUUCCUUUCCGGGGACUCUCUACCUUACCAGCGGACUUAA